AUCGUCUAGAAAGUAAUUAAUAACGGUAGAUAAUUCCAAAUUUUCCUUCUAAGUGUGUUACAUUAAUGUUAUUGCAGUGAAUAGAACUUUGGGGAGGUGGCAUAAUGCAUUUGUCCUUUUCCAUCGUCUUGUUCACUAUUUAUUGCAACGCAUACGAAACGAAUUUCGAAUUAUUCUCUUCGGUAAUAUCGAAACCUUUUAAUUCUAUAGACGAACAAACAAAAUGUCUGCCUGGUCUGCAGAAAAUGCCACUAAUGCUUAUCUUAGAUCAAUCAAAAUGGGGAAGAGAGUAAAAGAACCAGAUACAUCCGAGUUCAUUUCGGCUCUCGUAGCUGGCACAAACGCUCGUUUAACGGUGCUAGUAUGCGCGGGAGCAGCAGACAGCACCGCGGCCCUAGCACUAGUGGUUGCAGCCCACCAAACCGGCGGUGAAGUCAUAUGCAUCCUUCGUGGGGUCCACGAGCUCCGGUCGUCGAAGGAAGCCCUUGGCGAAUGUGGUGUGGAUAUUAUUAAGUUUGUUAUCGGAGACGCUGAAAUUUUGCUGGGAAGUGAAUAUUAUAGAGAAGCGGACUGCGUGGUGGUCGAUUGCACGAUCGAUAACUUUGAAGGGAUAUUCGCGACGGCAAAAGGUGUUGGGAAAAAAUCGAUGGUUUUGGGGUAUAAUGCAUUUUGUAUUAUGGGGAAUUCGAGAUUCGAUGGGCAUUUGCUUCCUAUUGGACAAGGUUUGCUUGUGAGUAGAGUUGAUGAAAGUGAUGGGAAAAAUCGGGAUUUUUCGGGUUCGGGUAAGAAGAGCCGGUGGGUCGUGAAAGUGGAUAAAUUUACGGGCGAAGAGCAUUUUUUUCGGGUUAGAAAUUCUCGAGGAAAAGGCGUUUGAAGAUUGGAUUAAUUAAUUUUGUUGUAAUCUAGAAUUAUUGUGGAGAUUAUUGAAUCUUAAUUGUAAAUAGUGGAAGAUCAAUUUAUAUUUUGUAAUGUAUGAUUGUGUAGUAUUGAUUAAAUUAAUAAAUUGUUUUGCUAUUUCAAUCUAUAAGUGUUGCAAAAUUGUGUUUAAGAU